GGGGCCAGUGUGUGGCAGCCAGCAUAAAAGCAAACAUGUUCAAUAGUACCUGUGUGUUAGAAGGCAGUUAAUAUAUUUUGCUGUGCUACAUAUUUCUAUUAGUAGGUAAAUAGAAGAAAGAAAGAAAAAAACUAAAACAACAAUCAUGCCCAACAUAGCAGAUCAGAGGACACACUUAAUGCUGGAAAACUACAUUGGAGGCAAAUUUUUGCCUUGCACAAAAUAUGUAGAUGCAUAUGACCCUUCAGUUGGAGAGGUGUACUGCAAAGUGCCUGACAGUGACAAAGAGGAGGUUGAUGCAGCAGUGAAGGCAGCCAAGGAGGCUUUUCCUGCCUGGUCCUGCAAGAGCCCCCAAGAGAGGUCUCAGGUGCUGAAUAAACUUGCUGAUCUCAUCGACGCCCACCGGGAAGAGUUUGCACAAGCAGAGUCUAAAGACCAAGGGAAAACACUUACUUAUGCCCGAACUGUAGAUAUUCCCCGAUCUUCUUAUAACUUCAGAUUCUUUGCAUCCUCUAUCCUCCACCAUACAACCGAAUGCACUCAGAUGGACCACAUGGGCUGUAUGCACUAUACAGUGCGCACUCCAGUGGGAGUAGCUGGUCUCAUUAGCCCCUGGAAUUUUCCCUUGUAUUUGCUGACAUGGAAGAUUGCCCCGGCUAUCGCAAUGGGUAACACAGUGGUGGCCAAGCCUAGCGAGAUGACCUCAGUCACUGCCUGGAUGAUGUGCAAGCUCUUAGAUGAAGCAGGGGUCCCGGCGGGGGUGGUGAAUGUCGUGUUUGGGACGGGCCCCAAGGCCGGGGAGGCUCUUGUUUCUCACCCCGACGUUCCCCUGAUCUCCUUCACCGGGAGCACAGCCACUGCACAGCGUAUCACCCAGCAGAGUGCCCCCUACUGCAAGAGGCUGUCCAUGGAGCUGGGGGGCAAGAACCCUGCCAUUGUCUUCGAAGAUGCCAACCUGGAUGAGUGCAUCCCCACUACUGUCAGUUCCAGCUUCUCUAACCAGGGGGAGAUCUGUCUAUGCACCAGCAGGAUCUUUGUUCAGAAGGGUAUCUUCAAUGAGUUCUUGCAGAGGUUUGUAGAAGCUGCCCGGAAGUGGAAAACUGGAGUUCCCUUGGAUGCCACAGCCAACAUGGGAGCUCUUAUUAGCAAGGAGCACCUAGAAAAGGUAAAGGGUUAUGUGACGAUAGCUCAGACAGAGGGAGGCAAAGUGCUGUGUGGUGAAGGAGUGAGUUCCCUGGACCUCCCAGUCAAGAACCAGACUGGCUACUUCAUGUUGCCCACGGUGAUUACAGGGGUGGCGGAUGAGUCGCGCUGCAUGCAGGAGGAGAUCUUUGGCCCUGUGACUUGUGUGGUCCCAUUUGAGAAUGAGGAGGAGGUCAUCCAGAGGGCCAAUAACGUCAAGUAUGGUCUGGGAGCCACAGUGUGGUCGAGAGACGUGGGCCGAGUCCACCGCGUGGCCAAGAAACUGCAGGCUGGGAUGGUGUGGACCAACUGCUGGCUAAUCCGAGACCUCAGUCUGCCGUUCGGUGGCAUGAAGUUUUCUGGGGUGGGCCGGGAAGGAGGCAAGGAUUCCUUUGAGUUCUUUACUGAGGUCAAGACCAUCACAAUUAAACACUGACAUUCAUAAUGAAGAAAAUAUGAAUCCCCUGUAAUUAUGUUGAUUUAGCUGGAUAGAGAGCAAUGACUAUUAAUGGGGUCUGCUGUAAAGAGGCUUCUGUUUGUUGUAGCAGUUUUUAAAGGCGUGGUCAAGUGAUACUGGUUUCUUCCACUAGAAGAACAUUGAAUACUUGCCCAUUAUUCCUGCACCCCUGACUCACCUUAACUCGAAAGCUACUUUUAUUUACUAUUCUCCUGGGGUGGAGUGCACCAAGCAGGCGUAAGACUUUUUCAGGUCAUAAAGGGGUCGUAACUGUACGCCUGCUAGGGGGUAGGUGAAGGCUGGCGUAGACAGUCAAAUAACAUAGGGGAUAGCGGCAGACAGUUAAAUAUAAAAGCAAAUCAGCUUUGAAUAUUGUAAAAUAACAUUUAGUUUAGCAAAAGCCAAAGAUGGGUGGAAUAGUACAUUGGUUGGAUGAUUUAGAACAGGGGUUUUCAACAGGGGGUACGUGUACUUCUAAGGGUCAUAGGGGUUACGCAGGACGACAUGCACAAAUAAAAAUGAAAGUAAGAGAAAAUAAUGAUCUUGAUUUUUUUUAACGUUAUUAUGGUCUGUAAACCACGAUGUAUACUUAUUUAAUAUUUGUUUAGCAGCUCAAAGUUAACCUCCUAAUAAUAAUAAUAAUAAUAAUAAAAACAGGAUCUAUCGCGUCCACAUUUUCCACUUGUACACAUGCGCGAUUUCGAUUGCGUGGAUUUCCACUCUGAUAGGUGAAGCAGGCGUCUGGCGAGUGUGCCUGGAGAGUGCUCUGUGUUGCUCGUGAUGUUUGCUGUUUUCAAUUUGUAUCAGUGAAGCAGUGUUUCUGCAUUGUUUAGAAGUAUAAAUGCUCCGGUAAACAUAAAUAGUCAUCACAAUACUCAUACUUUGGCGGUUUUUGUUUAUUACCGCGGCUGGAUUUUAUUAACAGCAAUAGCGGCUGGUUGAAUAUGUGUUCGGUGUUUGAUACAUUUCUUACUUGCAAUAGAAAAACGAAGGAAAACACAAACGUCAGAAAGUGCAAAGCGACAUAAAGUUAUACAGAGUCCAUUUGGAUCAUUUUUAUUUAGUAACUAUAGUUUUAUCUUGAGGUUAAUGUUUUUGAUACUGUAAACAUUUUAAACGGCACACAAUUAUGCUGAGGUGGGAAGUAAAUAGUGACGUGAUAAACAUUUACAGUGCAGACGGGAGAAAAAAGAAAUGUGUUAACCAGAUUAUUCUGCCUUGUAUUGCAACUGUGGUACCAUUCAGUGAUCGAAAAUUGUAAAGGGUACUUUAGCUGAAACCUCCUGACAGAAAGGGUACAGUUUCAAAAAGAAGGUUUAAAACCACUGAUUUACAGUACCGAUGUGCAUGCUUCGAGAAAGAAUCAUAUGGGACAGAUUUAAUCCAUUGGAUAUGUUUGAUCUUGAGCUCUAUCGGCGCUAUCGAUUACCAAAAUAAAACCGCCUUCGUUUUAUAGAUUAAAUACGGGAUGACCUUCAGUAUAUGAACCAAAGUAAUGCUGCCGCCUUCUGACUAAAUAUUACUGUCGUUUUAAUAGAAUUAAUUAAUUGGCUAUUUCCGUCAUUAUACACCAGGGGUGAUUUUGCUUUGCUGCACUUGGCGUGGAAUUAAUUUUUAAGUCGGGUUUAAGUUGAAAGUAGUAACGACGGCGUAAUUUACGCCUGCGUGGUGCACUCUGCCUCUGCGCUUUCCACUAGUCGUAGUACAGUUUCAUUGCACUGAUGAUCCCCAUGAGCAAACAUGAAAAAAAAAAAAAAAGCCUGAUCCUUUACAAACACACCACAGUAUGGAAAACGAAUUUAGGAAAGCAUAGUCAAACAUUAAGCAUCCUCAAACAUUAAGCCUAGAGAGUAAAGACCCACAAGUGAUUUUUGCAUCAUUGUGAGGAUAAAAGUUAGAAAGUUAUAACAGGUGAUGAAUGUGAGGCUAAUAAUCAAAUGAGUCUCCCUGUCUCACACUUAGUCUCACAUUGAUGACACAAAAAGGCCUUGAGACAUGAAUGAACUAAGGCUUCUUAAUGAACUUUUGAUCCAAAUCAGAAAACAAUUAACAUGAAUGAAAUGUGGGUAUGAGACUAAAUCUCAAAUCAGGUUAAUAUUACACCUUUACCAAAUUAAAGCAUGUCUAUGGUUCAAAUCUGUAUGAAAUACUGAAUACCAAUAAAGAAUAUUCAAAAGUCAUAA